CACACACACACAUUAUAUACAUACACACAUUCAGCUGUGUUAGUGUACAAGAAAAUGGUGAAGCCAGAGAAAAAGAUGCCAUCUUCAUCAAGUACAGAGAACAACAAGGCAGCAACAAAAUCAGAUCAAGAAUUGAAGAAGAAGUACAAAGGAGUGAGAAUGAGAAGCUGGGGCUCAUGGGUUUCAGAAAUUAGGGCACCGAAUCAAAAAACAAGAAUCUGGUUAGGCUCUUACUCAACCGCAGAAGCAGCCGCCAGAGCCUACGACGCCGCUCUUUUAUGCCUCAAAGGCUCCUCCGCCAAUCUCAAUUUCCCAAUCUCCACAAUCACUAACCCUAAUCCCGAUAACUUAAUCCUCUCCCCCAAAUCCAUACAGAGGAUUGCUUCUGCAGCAGCCGCAGCUACUGCAGCCGCAAAUAAUAGUAAUAGUAAUAGUAACAGUAAUAGUAACGGUAAUAGUAAUAAUAAUCCCAGGUUACUGGACACUUCUCCGUCAUCGUCGUCUUCGUCUGGUGGCUGCUACAACGACACUCCAUCGCCGUCGCUUUCGUCGUACCACUCGUCGUCUCCGAAUAAUUGUUCGAGUCCACACGUCGAAGAUGAUUAUUGUAAGGUGCAUUUUGAUGAGUGUGCGGCCAUGGCGGCGGCGGCGGCGGCGUGGUACAACUUCGACUCCCCGAAGUACAAUGAGAUGCUGAUGGGUGGUGCUGGGGUUUUCUUUGAUCCUAAUUUAAUGGCGGAGGAGUCUUGCGAAGAUGAUGGUGAUAUUCGCUUGUGGAGCUUCUGCUGAAUAUCGAAUAUUAUAUUAUAUUAUAUUAUAUUUUAUUUUAUUUUAUUUUUUUCGGGGUUUUUGUUUAAUAUUUAUUUUAUUCAUUUCGGAUGAUCUUCGAUUUAUUUCUUGAAGACAUUACUGACGAUAUAUUUAUAUUUAUAUAUAUAGAGACAGGCAAAUUUAAUUUUACUGUGUGAUUUUUGAGUUUAGUUUUGAAGUCCUGUAUAUUUAAGUAUUGAGUUGUACUUUAUUUAAUGUAUGUUGUAAUUCAUUUAAUUAUAUAUCUUUUAUAAAUACAUAGUGAAAAGAGACAAAAAUGUGAUUUAAUUU